AUGAGCAGAAGGCAAACAAGUGGCAGAGGCGAGCAUGUAGUGAAGAGUGAUGUUGUAGUUGCUGUGAAAGUUUGUAAGGAUAUUCCGAGGGCAGCUUUAACGUGGGCUCUGACCAAUGUCGUCCGGCCCGGAGGUUGCAUUCGCCUGCUCGUUCUCAUUCCCCCUCAUCACUCAAGCUUAUGGCACUUAGCGCACUUUCACUUUCACUUUCACAACGAGUGCACGGCGGGCCAGUGGAGAUUAAUGUCUGGAACAAUUAGUGAACAGAACGAAUACAUUACCGAGCAAUGUAACCAAAUGUUAUCCCAACUUCACGAUAUUUACGAUCCAGAAAAGGUAAUGGUUAAGGUGAAAGUGGUAUUCGACUCCACGCAGGAGGCAGUGGCUUCCGAAGCGAAGAGAGCUCAGGCACAUUGGGUCGUAUUAGACAAGCACAUGACAAAGGAAGCCCAUGUUUGCACGCAGCAGCUCAACUGCAACAUUGUGGUCGUCAAACACUCGGAGCCGAAAGUCCUUCAACUAAGCCUCAUAGAAACCAACAAAAACCACUCUCCGAACGAGCUCGACAGCAGCAAUGUCCCUAACGCGAGCCCCACGGCCAGCACAGACCGAACCACCUCUCUCUCGAGCCUCGACACCUUCAAUUUACAACCAUCCUACUCCUCCCGCGAAUCCGAGUUCGACCAGACCGACUCUGACUAUUCGGGCAGCCAAAUCCCGAGCUCUCGCUCCACGAGCAUAUCCUAUUCGAGCCCGGAUUCGCGCAACAACUUGAGGCAGAUAAUGUCGUUGAGAAUAAAGAGCGGGCCCCACGACCCUCCGCCGCUCUGCUCGAUAUGCCACAACAAAUCGCCCGUGUUUGGAAACCCGCCGAGGAUAUUUUCGUACCACGAGCUCGAACGGGCCACGGCAGGGGUCGGGUGUAUAGUGCAUCGUGAUUUGAGGCCCAACAACAUUCUGCUCACGCAUGAUUUCGAGCCGCUAGUUGGAGACUUUGGAUUAGCACGAUUGCAGGCAGAUGGAGAUGCAUUUGAAAAAACCAGAGUGAUGGGGACAUUUGGGUACAUGGCUCCUGAGUAUGCUCAGACGGGCCAGCUCUGUGAAAAAGCAGAUGUUUACUCCUUUGGUGUGAUUCUUGUCGAGCUAGUCACCGGCAGGAAAGCUGUCGAUAUAAGCCGACCAAAGGGGGAGCAGUGCCUCACAGAGUGGGCACGUCCUUUGCUAGAAGAGAAUGCCCUUUCCGAACAUGUUGACCCGUGCCUCAUGGGGUGUUAUUCCGAAAGGGAGGUUCAUAAUAUGAUGCAUUGUGCUUUGUUGUGCCUACAACGAGACCCCGAGUCAAGGCCUCGGAUGUCUCAGGUACUUAGGAUGUUGGAAGGUGAUUAA